AAAACGUUAUCAUGGAAACGUGAAUUCGUGCAUUCGCGAUUAGAAAUUUGUUUAUCAACUUGUCAAGUUUUUGUUUUUUCAACGUGUCCAAAACUAUAUUCCUCAUUCGUUUCCAGUUUGCAUUUAAAAGAAGUUCGCAGUCCACGUAACGAAUAAAUAAAAGCGGAAAGAACUCGAAUAACUUCGAUUAAAACCUAAAAAUGGUACAACAAGAGAACCAACCGGAAACUCCAACAACCCCACCGACUCCAAUUCCAAUUAAAAACCUUGCGAAAGGAGUCGAAGAAGGUCGUUAUCGUUUAGUAGGAUGGGCAAUAGACACAACUGGUCGUCGUUUAAUUGAUGAAAUCUGUCAAAUAGCUGCUUUUACACCGGAAUCGCAAUUUUCUCAAUACAUUAUGCCGUUCAGCGAUAUUCGUUUGAUUUACCGUAGACGACAUAGCAUCCGAGUCAUCAACAUGGGUCGUUAUAGAAUGUUAAAAGAUCUUCGUACAAACAAAUUUGUUAAAACCAAGAGUGAAAUUUCCGCGUUAACCGAUUUUUUGGUUUGGUUGGAACAAAUCAAAGGUGACGCAACUGAAGGGAUCAUCUUGCUGUUUCACGAUAUACAUAAAUACACGCCAGCGAUGUUGUUGGAGUCUAUGCGUAGACAUCAUUUGUCGGAACGUUUCGCUAAGGUGGUGAAAGGGUUUGCGAAUUGUUUCAAUAUUUCUCAGGAUAAAUGCGUAAAUACUACGAAGACGUUCAGUUUGAGGGUAAUGUCGAAGAUACUUUUAAAUAAAGAAGAAGAUAUUAGCAGUGCUGUUACUCGAGCUCAAUCUUGUUAUGAAAUUGUUGUUCAUUUGGGACAGAGUGAGGUACAAGAUUUAGAUUCGAAGGGUAGCGGCGAUUGCAAAGGAAGUGAAAGUCAUCUUAUUGAUAUGGUUAGACCAUACACAAAUCCCGUUCAAGCCGAAGAAGGCGAAAUUGUUAAAUUUAAGGUUUUGCUUGAUCGCCAAAACACAUUUAAACCCGUUUUUGGAGCUUUAUUAAGAGCUACAGCCACCGAACGUCAACACGCAAGUCAUAUGCGAAGAAUUUUGGCUGAAAAUAAUAUUGAUUACGACCAAUUAAGGACUGCUUUUGAUAAUAAUGCUAAAGAUGGUUUAGAAAAAGUUUUAAGGGAAAAUAUUGUUCAAUCAGAAGAAACAAAUGUUAAAGAGGAAGAAAUUAAAGAACUGUUAGAAAUUUUAGAUUGCUUCUUUGAUCCGGAAAAGAAAGCGGUUCAACCCAAACCACGUUUCUACGCGAAUCAUCACAACGGACCACGAAAACCGGGCAAUAAACAACGUGGAUUUGUAGAUAAAGAGAAUAAGGAUAAAAAUGCGAAUAUGAUGUCGGCGGUUGAUGAGAAGAAGCCUGAAAUUAAAACUGAAAUCAAAACUGAACUGCCAGAUGCGUCGCAAAUGGUUGAAGCUGAAGUAACAGUUUCAUCUGCUGUCGCAUGAAAAUGAUAGCUUUAAUAAGCAUUUUGUUAAUGUUAACGCAACGGUGCCUUUGUUAUUACAUAUACAUUUAAAAAUAGCAAUAUUUAUACUAUAACAAUUUGUGAAUUGUUAUAGAAUUGUUGAUUGUUUCUUAAUUUUUGAAUGAAUUUAUCUUUUAUUUUUUGUUGCAA